AUGCCUCAACCAUUCAACAACAGAAGCAGUUUAAGGAUGAUUGAUGUUAGUCAUAACCAAUUGCAUGGGCAAUUACCGAGGUCAUUGGCGAAUUGUGUAAUCCUUAAGUAUCUGAUUUUGUCAAACAAUCAAUUCAGUGAUGUUUUUCCCAUUUGGUUGGGAACUCUUCCAAAGUUAAAACUUUUGGCAAUGCACCAUAAUGGGUUUAACAAUGUGAUAGGACAGUUUAGAACAAAUGUUGACUUCUCCAAGUUAUGCAUUCUUCAUUUGUCUUACAACAAUUUCACAGGUGAGAUUCCACCUUUGUUUCCAAAUAUUGCUGUAAACAUGUCAACAUACAUGCAGGCACGAAUUCUAGAAGGCUUUGCAGCGAUUGAUAUCUCAAGCAACAAAUUUGAAGGUAAGAUUCCAGAAUUCAUUGGGAACCUUAAGGAGCUUCUCUCACUCAAUAUUUCUAGCAACAUUCUCAAAGGUUCUAUUCCAGAAUUCAUUGUUUUCUAUGUGUGGUUUGAUGCUCCGACUGGAUAUGUAUCAAUUACUAAAUGCUACACUGAUGAAUGGGAGAAAUGGUGGAAAAAUCCUGAGAAUGUGGAGUUGUAUCAGUUUAUGGGCAAGGAUAACAUGCCAUUCCAUACAGUGAUGUUUCCGUCAACACUUCUUGGAAAUGGUGAAAAUUGGACUUUAAUGAAGACUAUUAGUGUUACUGAGCACUUAAACUACGAAGCAGGAAAGUUUUCUAAGAGUAAAGGCAUAGGAGUUUUUGGAAACGAAGCAAAAGAUAUAAACAUUCCUGUUGAAGUAUCAGACACAUUAUUUACAUGGGCCGAAUUGCAAGCAAAACUGAACAGCGAAUUGCUGAAUAAUUUGGGCAACUUCAUAAACCGAGUUUUGAGUUUUGUUGCCAAACCUUCAGGUCAAGGAUAUGGUUCAAUUAUUCCAGAUGCUACAAGGGCAGAGUCAGAUAUUUUAACAGAGAAAUUAGCUGAAAAAGUUGGAAAAUAUGUGGAGCAAUAUAUAGAAGCAAUGGAGAAGGUUAAAUUACAGCAAGGACUGAAAACAGCAAUGAGCAUUUCUGGUGAAGGGAAUGCAUAUCUGCAAGAAAGCCAAUUCUGGAAGCUUUACAAGGAGGACCAACCUCGUUGCGCUUUUGUCAUCAAAACUUCAGUCGGACUAGUGCAUCUUCUUGCUUGUUUGUUAGAACAUUUUAUGCCAUCAUUUUCUCUCCAAGGCAAGACGACCUUGGGAGAUUGUACAUGUUGGUCACAAGAUUGGGAAACCAGAGCCAUUGUUCAAGGAAUUGAUUCUAAUUUAGUGAAAGUUCGUACUUGGACACAGAAAGAUGAAGAAGUGGAGUCCUUCAGGAAGAAGUUUGCUGGAAGUCAAGCGAACAGGAAGGAGCGGGAAGAAGCUGAAGCAGUGAAGGUGGCUGCACAACUCAAGAAAAUGAAAGUUUCAGACAACAGUGGAAAGAAAAAGCAACAGGCCACAAAAUCUGCAGCUGAAGCAGAGAUUUCCAUUUCUAGACUUGAUAUUCGUGUUGGCCUCAUUACGAAAGCUCAGAAGCAUCCUUAUGCUGAUUCGCUUCACCUACAAGAGAUUGAUGUUGGUGAUGGACAGACUAGAACAGUUGUGAGUGGACUUGUCAAGUAUAUACCUAUUGAAGAAAAUCAGAACUGGAAGGUCUGUGUUCUUUGCAAUAUUAAGCCAGCAACCAUGAGGGGUAUUAAAUCACAAGCAAUGGUUCUUGCUGCUUUGAACAGUGACCACGCCACGGCUGAAUUGGUCAAUCCGCCUAAAGCAGCUCAGAUUUUCUAUGUGUGGUUUGAUGCUCCAAUUGGAUAUGUAUCAAUUACUAAAUGCUACACUGAUGAAUGGGAGAAAUGGUGGAAAAAUCCUGAGAAUGUAGAGUUGUAUCAGUUUAUGGGCAAGGAUAACAUGGCAUUCCACACACUGAUGUUUCGAUCAACCCUUCUUGGAACUGGUGAAAAUUGGACUUUAAUGAAGACUAUGUACUUAAACUACGAAGCAGGAAAAUUUUCUAAGAGUAAAGGCAUAGGGGGGAUUGUUUGGCUAGCCCGCAGGAUUUCCUGGUACUAUCCUGCGUCUAGGGAUGAGCGGUCCAACCGGGGUAUGAAACUCCAUAGCUCCCACGCCGGAAAUACCAACGUCACAUGUAGCUCAAAUACCAAGUCCUAUGCACGCAAACUAACAUCAUCAUCACACUGGAACUACCAACGCCAUGUGUGA